UUGUGGGGUGGGGAUGACUCAUGACAGCAUCUAGUCAAUUGUGGCGCGCGCACGCUAUAAACAGAAACAGACAUUUCCAACUUCCAAGAGAACCAAACAGAAAAAAUAACAGAGACGGACAAUGGGAAUGGAGAGCACCGCCGCCCGUGGAGGUCUCCACCAAAAUUCUCUCCUCUGCCCUUCCCGCGGCGUCUCCUCCUCUACAUCCCUUCUCUCUCAACGGUCACUCUCCUCUUCUUCCUUUUCAUCUCUUAAGCUUCCUUUUUCUUCUUACAAUGUCCACCACCAACCGGCUUCUCCUUUUAGCCGCCAUGCUGUAUUAUCUGACAAUUUCAGGUGGAAACUUCUCUAAAGGUGAAUUACAACGUUUUGGGAACAUUGAAUUGAGCCCCUCUGCUGGAGUCUUAAAUUAUGGGCAGGGAUUAUUUGAAGGUUUGAAAGCAUAUAUGAAAGAAGGUGGUAAUAUCCUCCUGUUUCGUCCUGAGGAAAAUGCACUGCGGAUUAGAAUGGGUGCAGAGCGCAUGUGUAUGCCAGCACCAACUGUUGAACAGUUCGUGGAGGCUGUAAAAGCAACUGUUAUGGCAAAUAAGCGUUGGGUUCCUUUUCCUCGUAAAGGUUCCUUAUAUAUCAGGCCAUUGCUAAUGGGAAGUGGAGCUGUUCUUGGUGUUGCACCUGCUCCUGAAUACACCUUUCUUAUAUAUGUAUCACCUGUCGGGAACUACUUUAAGGAAGGUGUGGCACCAAUAAAUUUGGUUGUAGAGCAUGAACUGCAUCGGGCAACCCCUGGUGGUACUGGAGGUGUAAAGAUGAUAGGAAAUUAUGCUCAGGUUCUAAAGGCACAAUCUGCUGCAAAAGCCAAAGGAUAUUCCGAUGUUUUGUAUCUUGAUUCCGUUCACAAAAAAUAUCUGGAGGAGGUUUCUUCUUGCAAUAUCUUCAUUGUUAAGGACAAUGUUAUCACCACUCCUGCAAUAAAGGGAACAAUCCUACCUGGCAUUACCCGGAAGAGUAUAAUUGAUGUUGCCCAAAUUGAAGGGUUCAAGGUUGAGGAACGCCAAGUGGCAGUGGAUGAAUUGUUAGAUGCUGAUGAAGUUUUUUGUACGGGAACAGCAGUGGUCGUGUCACCUGUCGGCAGCAUCACUUACAUGAGCAGAAGGCUGUGUUAUGGUGAAGGUUUUGGUGUUGUUUCACAGCAACUCUAUCAUAAGCUUACUAGGCUUCAGAUGGGUCUAAUAGAGGACAGUAUGAAUUGGACUCUUGAGCUGAGUUAGGCAGACUGAAGUGGAACAAUUCUGGUUUGCUUCUUUCUCUUGUAAUAAAAGCCGUUGCAACAUCAAAAAUAACAAAAACGAGAGCAGCAAACAUGUAAUAACGAAUUCGAAAUUGUAACCAAGCAUCGCCCAUUGGUUCUAUACCCGACUCAUAACUCCACAGCUUCUAUGGCCUAAUGAUAUGUAGACAGUUCUACUAUGCAAUUUUGUUUUAUAUUUUUUA